CUCUCUUAUUAGAUUUUGUUUCAUUUUUAUUCUUUCAUCUUCAUGGCCACAUCACCACUGCAAGAGUACAAGUAAAUAAUGGAAACAGCUCAUCUUUACCUGUGGAUGCAAGAAUAAAUUUCUUUUUCCAAAUCCCAAUGGCCAGAAAAAAUGCCUGUCUGUGUUGUCUGUCAGAAGUUUUUUUUUGACUUGUUUUGGACUGAUGCCCUUCCGUCUUCCUCCCUUUCAUCCUCUCCGUACUCCACACAUCGCCAAGACUCCAUCAUCAAUCCCAUCUUUUUCACCUCACUUUCCUGAAGCAGUGAUAGUGUAAUGGUUGGGUUAAUGGUUUGUUGCUGUUGGAGGUGUGAACUACCAUUCCAUUUGGUCUCAGCCUCAACUACCCUGUGGCUGUAAUGUAGUGUCACUGCGAUAACAUUCUGUUUGGGUUUUGGGUUUGGGAUUUGAUCUGGUCUUCAACUAACUCAAAGCUCAAUAAUUCUCUUUGGUGUUGAGUGACAAUCAAAGGAGAGUUUCAGUGGUUGCUAUGUCUCUCUUGCUUACACUUCAGACAACUCAAGACACUUGAAGUUGCUUGAAAACACUGGAGUCGAACACAGUUCUACCAUGCCUACAAUUUUUUUCUUUGUUUUUCUGUUUUGUUUGUCAACCGAUUUACGUCCAGCUGCCGCGGCUGACUAUCACCUGCAGACGCGGCGGAUUCUUCAUCAACCCUUGUUUCCUCUCAAUUCGUUUCCCCCAACUCCGUCGCCAGCGUCUUCCCCUCAAGCACAUCCUCAGCAGCAACCUAAGUUUCCGUUCUCAUCCUCAUCUUCGAAUAAGCAGCCAUUUUUUCCCGCGUACGCAUCUCCGCCCCCGCCUCCGUCUUCGACGGCUUUGGCCACAUUUCCAGCGAAUAUUUCCUCCCUUAUUUUCCCGCAGUCGUCUUCCCGGAAGGGGGUUUCGCCGAAGCUAGUGGCUAUAGCGGUGGGGGUGUCGCUUGCCGCCGUCGCGCUCAUCGCCAUCGCUGCCGUAUUGCUCUACCACCGUCGCCAGCCUAAAAGAAAAGACCCGAGAUCCGACAGCCUCCGCCUAUACCCGGCUAACACCGCCGUCUCCGACGGCAUCCAGCACCACAAACAGCCGCGCAGCAGCAUCUCAGGCACGAGCUCCGAGUUCCUCUACCUUGGUACGCUGGUAAACUCUCGCGGCGUCGACGACGAUGCCGCAGCAAACUCCAGCAAUGCCGGAACAAAACGGAGCGCGUCGGCCUCGCCGCCGUACCAGAAGCUCAGUUCGCCGGAACUCCGCCCUCUUCCGCCGCUUCCACGGCAGAACUUCCGGCAUAGCUUCAGAAACGCCGACGUGGGCUCCUUUGGUGACGACGACGAGGACGAAGAGUUCUUUUCUCCGAGAGGGUCUUCCAGUCCAGUGGGCGCCGGAUCGAGUUCCCGAAGAACGUUCCCGAUGGUAGAAGCCGAGAAUUAUCGAAGCAGAAGCGUGGAUUCUAGAACUCCAUCGUACCCAUCUUCUAACUCAGCUUCUCCGACGAGCUCUACUUCCAAUAGCCCUUCUCCGCCAUUGAAUUCAAGUCCCGAAAUCUCAAAAUCGAAAUUGCCCGUUUCCAACAGUGCUUCCCCUCCAUUGAAUUCGAGUCCCGAAGUCUCGAAACCAAAAUCCCCCACUGCCACCAUCAACUUCCCUGCUCCUCCACCGCUGCGACCUCCCCCGCCGCUGCCACGGCGUUCAAGGACCCCCUCGCCGCCAUCAGAGACAGAAGAAUUGGGGCAAAGAAUUUCGGAUGUUUCUGGAGGAUCUCCACAAAAAUUUGAGGCUGUAUCCACUGAAAUUCCCAUUGCCAAGCCACCACCACCGCCGCCUCCACCUCCCCCACCGCGAUUUUGGGAAAUUCCGGCGGACCCAACGCCUAUUCACGAACCGAAUUUCGGGCCACCGGCUCUUGUACCGCCUUCAAGGCCAGUGGUGUUCCAAAACCCGGGACUGGAAGCCCCAUCUGAACAGCCUCAGGGCAUUGAAGCUCUUGAAAGGAAUGGCGAAACCCCGAAACCGAAGCUGAAACCCUUGCAUUGGGACAAGGUCAGAGCGAGCUCAGAUCGAGCAAUGGUGUGGGAUCAGAUGAAAUCAAGCUCUUUUCAAUUGAAUGAGGAAAUGAUCGAGACAUUGUUUAUGGUGAAUGCUUCAAAUUUGACUCCAAAGGAUAAUUUGCGGCGACAGAUUCUUCCAACCCCGAAUCAGGAGAAUCGGGUUCUUGAUCCAAAAAAGUCUCAGAACAUCGCAAUUUUGUUGAGGGCACUUAAUGUGACCAUUGAUGAAGUCUGUGAAGCCCUUUUGGAAGGCAAUACAGACACACUGGGAACAGAGCUUCUUGAAAGUCUGCUAAAGAUGGCUCCAACAAAAGAGGAAGAAUGUAAACUGAAAGAAUUUAAAGAUGAGUCACCGUUCAAGUUAGGUCCUGCUGAAAGAUUUCUAAGGGCUGUGCUUGACAUACCCUUUGCAUUUAAAAGGGUUGAUGCAAUGCUUUACAUAGCCAAUUUUGAUUCAGAAGUCGAGUAUCUCAAAAGGUCUUUUGACACUCUAGAGGCUGCUUGCGAAGAACUGAGGAACAGCAGAAUGUUCUUGAAGCUUCUUGAAGCUGUACUCAAGACUGGGAACCGAAUGAAUGUUGGGACCAACCGUGGCGAUGCACAUGCCUUCAAGCUCGACACGCUCCUCAAGCUUGUUGAUAUUAAGGGCACUGAUGGGAAAACCACCCUUCUGCAUUUUGUUGUACAGGAAAUCAUCAGGGCUGAAGGUUCUCGGCUGGCUGGUGCCAACCAGAAAACAAUGGAUGAAGUGACCCAGCAAUCUGCUUUCCGGGAUGAUGUUGAAUUUAGGAAGCUUGGCCUGCAAGUUGUUGCUGGGUUGAGUGGUGAGCUCACCAGCGUAAAGAAGGCUGCUGCCAUGGAUUCAGAUGUGCUUAGUAAUGAAGUUGCAAAACUUGCUAGAGGGAUCACAAAAAUCGGGGAAGUUGCAAGAUUAAAUGAAGAGAUAGCACUGAAAGAGAGUAGCCGGAAAUUCUGUGAGUCAAUGAAUGGGUUCUUAAAGAAGGCAGAGGAGGAGAUUAUAAAGAUUCAAGCCCAAGAGAGUGCUGCACUCACCCUUGUCAAAGAAAUAACUGAAUAUUUCCAUGGGAACUCAGCUAAGGAAGAAGCUCACCCAUUCAGAAUUUUCAUGGUGGUAAGGGAUUUUCUUUCUAUUCUUGAUCAGGUUUGCAAGGAAGUUGGGAAAAUCAACGAGCGAACCAUAGUCAGUUCAGCUCGCCAAUUUCCUAUGCCUCUAAAUCCAAGCACGCCACCAAUUUUUCCUGGGUUCAACCAGAGGCCGCAAUAUGGUUCGUCUGAUGAUGAAAGCUCAUCCUCGUCUUAGCACUUGAUGCUUUCAGGAACAGAAGCUGGUGCUGGCAACAAAGGGACUUUUUGGUAAUGUGCUUGCAUUUGCCAUUUUUUGUUUCUCUUGUACUUAUAUAUAAAUCCACGUAGAAGAUUUUGGUAUUGUUUCAUCUUACAUCUGUAAUAUACGAAGGGAGGGAAUCAGAAUUGUCAGGAAACAAUAACGAAGUAUUACUGGAAUAGUUGGAACUAUCUUGUAAAUCUCUUAGGAACUGAAUCUAAGGAUUGUUAUUCAGUAAUAGAAUCUUUUGAGUUUAUGCUCCAA